GUGGACUCACCUCAGGAACUGAGGUUGCCGGAAGAUCAGUCCGGGCUGAUUACCAAGGAGAUCUCGGAACUUCUGGCCAAACGGGCAAUACAAGAAGUCCCGUACGAUCAUCCGGGAUUUCUAAGCAACCUAUUCCUCAUCCGCAUACCUGACUAUACCUAUGGCAGAG